GGCCUUUCGCUUCCGGAUCAGUCGAGCCUCCUGCUCUUCGCGACUAGUGGAGCUGCCGUGCUGUCUGCCUGGACUUACCGAGCCUGGUGUCGCCCGGGGAAGCGCUGCGCUGCCCACGGCCGCUGCGGAGGAGGAGGAGGAGACGCGGGCCCGGGCCGCCGCUCUGCCCGCCGCGGGGCCCGGGAGGCGGGAGCAAGCGCGGCGGGGCUCGCGGAGCCCGCGACCCCCUUCCCCGGCCGCCGUGCCCACCCUGCCGGGGAAGGCGGAAGAUGCCGGUGAAGAAGAAGAGAAAAGCCUCUGGGGUGGCAGCGGCGGUCGCGGAAGACGGCGGCCUCAAGAAGUGUAAAAUCUCCAGCUAUUGCAGAUCCCAGCCUCCUACUAGACUGAUAAGUGGAGAGGAAGAGUUUUCAAGAAAGAAGUGCCUGGCUUGGUUUUACGAGUAUGCAGGUCCUGAUGAAGUUGUAGGGCCAGAAGGAAUGGAAAAAUUUUGUGAAGACAUUGGUGUUGAACCUGAAAAUAUUAUUAUGUUAGUUUUAGCGUGGAAAUUGGAGGCUGAAAGCAUGGGAUUUUUUACCAAGGAAGAAUGGUUAAAGGGAAUGACUUCAUUACAGUGUGACUGCACAGAAAAGUUACAGAACAAAUUUGACUUUUUGCGCUCACAGUUGAAUGAUAUUUCAUCGUUUAAGAAUAUAUACAGAUAUGCCUUUGAUUUUGCAAGGGAUAAAGAUCAGAGAAGCCUUGAUAUUGAUACUGCUAAGUCCAUGUUAGCUCUUCUGCUUGGGAGGACGUGGCCACUCUUUUCAGUAUUUUACCAAUACUUGGAGCAAUCAAAGUAUCGUGUUAUGAACAAAGAUCAGUGGUACAAUGUAUUAGAAUUCAGCAGAACAGUUCAUGCCGAUCUUAGUAACUACGAUGAAGACGGUGCUUGGCCUGUUCUUCUUGACGAAUUUGUUGAAUGGCAAAAAGUCCGUCAAACGUCAUAGCAACGGCCUGUCGUGACGAAGACGCGGGCUUUCUGGUUCCCACGUGUGCGAUUGAACAAGGGCAGAGCACACAGGGUGCAUCUUCACUCAUGAAAGACUUCUCAUAGUACUUUUUCUCCUUUUUUUUAAAGGAAGUUUUCUUGUUAUAUGUGAUGGGCACUGAGCCACACAUCUUCUGAGACUGAAUAUUGAAUUGACAUUUUUGUUUCAAGUUAUGUUUUUAACAUUUAUUUCAGAACAAUAAAGAUUCAGAUUUGUGACAAAGGCCUUAAAGUGAAGAUGUCCCUUGAGUGUCAGAGUGGUAUUUAUUUUGGUAAAUUUGAUUUCUUGCACUUUUGAGGUUCUAAAUCACUGUAAGUUUAUAGAGUAAGGAUUUAAGGACUAUUUGGCAGUGUAGCCUGCCAAUGUUGUGGCUCCUGAUAUUCAUCUUUGCAUGAUUAGCAAGAAUAAUCAUUAACCUUGACUUCUGGGACAAUGAUUUUGUGGUAGCAGCUAAUAGAAUGUUGGAUGUGCUCCAGCAUUGGGUUUCUAUGAGAACUGCAAAGGUUUUUUGCACAAACCUUAGCUAAAGAGUUUAAGGUUGGAUAAAUUGUGCCCAGCUGUCUUAUUGCCUAAUCAUUUAAGUAGUAUUUUCAGUAAGCAUAGAUGAGCAUUACAUAUAACCUUACUGUGAAUUUUAAGUUUUCUAUAUUUCUAUAAGAAGUUCAUAUUUUCAAGAGAAAGGUUAAUAGAUUAGUAAUUGCAAAGUCAGACAUCCUUCUGAAAGGCUUGAGACCAAUGUUAGAGGUGUAGUCUCUCUCAUUAUUAUUGUCAGUAAUUGCACACUUAGGUUUUUUGUUUUUUUUUUAAGCUGUCAUGGUAUAUAGAGUUUUGUUGAGAGCAUUUUGUUUGCCUUAAAAAAACUUUUAGCUGCGGUAUUUGUUACACAUCGGAGAAGACAGUAGGGGAUCUUGAGGGAACGUGGUGUAACUGUGUACCUGAGGAGACCAUUUAACUCCCUCCACUCCCCUUGCUUCCCCAGUGACGGUGCCAUGGCAUAUUGGAGAUUCUACCCUGGCCCCAGUGAGGCAGUUCACAUUGAUAGUCACAAACUGGCUGUUUAUCACAGCUUUGGGCUCCUAGCAGAAAGGGAACGUCAGCCUUUCCUGAUGUCUAUAAAAGGCCCACGUUAGAGCAGCAUCAGGCUUAUUUGUGCAUUCCCUUUGAAAUCAUCCAGUGUUCUAACUGUAUGGAAACUUUAUUCACACUCAGUCCCACCUUCCUGGUCAUGCCUUUCUUUACAUUUCAACAAAAAUGUAAAGUUACAACCUCAGAAAUUUUUGAGUGGGAAGAGGCACAUAAGUUGUUUUUCCAUCAUAAGGAAAUUCCUGCUGGGAUCUAAAGUAACGGUUGAUUUUUUUUUUUUGUUGUUGUUGUUGUUUAAUGGUAAAUUUGUUUAAUGAGUGAUUCUUAGUACUGAUUACUUAAGGGAGAAUAUCAUUUUGAAGUUUUAAGUUUGCUUUCUGGUUAAUGAACAAACAGAAAAUGAUUGCCAAUAUUUGACUUACCGUCUUAAUAAAAUUACUCUGUAUAACUUUAUAGAGCAGUGAGAAAGAACUUUUGUCCUAAACAUAAAUUUCUUAAAUUAUUCCUCUUAGGUAUGAGUGAGAAUCAUUGCAUUAUUAGAAUUUAACAUACCAACAGUGUUAAUACAUCACAGAUGAGUGUGUGUAGUACUAGAGAUUUAACUUAGGGCCCCAUACAUGCUAAGCAAGUGCUCCUACCACUGAGCUCUAGAUCUUUAAAUUCAUAAUUUUAUCUCUCCAAGGUACAACUUCUAAACUUGGAGAAUGCUGUCUUUUUUGUUUAACUUCUAAAUCAAUUUAAGUUGAAUCUUAUAAAUUGCCAAUGCAUAACCUGAGCUAACAAUACUUUGUCACCUUUAUUAUUUGAAUAAAAUAAAGAGUACACAAAUCUCAUAGAUGACAAAGUAUAUAACCAUAAACAACAACAGUGUAUGUAACCAUAAUUUCCUUUAUUUCUCAAAAAACAUCUUAAAUGUUUUUUUUUUAUCUGAACAUGAAAUUUAAAUUUACUUUCAUUCCGUUCUUAAAAUCAGGAGUCCAGUCCUACCCUGGUGAUGUUACUCUCUUGCUUCAUGUACUUCUCUUCCCUUAAAGUUUCAGCAUUCACCUACUUUAAAGGCAGAUUUACUCAGUUCAUCUCUCAGGGUGAGGACUGUGUUUCCUUUCUUAGUUAUAUUUCAACAACAUUCCAUUUAUUGGGAAACGUGGUCAGAACAGUAAUGGAGCCUGCAGUAUAAAAGUGUUGUGCUUCUUCUUUUGACUGAAGUGCCUUCCCAGGAAUUCUGUCAUAAAAAUUUCAGUUUUAUUGCAUUAUGUAGAAUGAAAUGCCCUGUGGUGCUUUGUAAUGUGGAGUUGACUAGCUUCUUAUAGAAUAGUAUACAAAUAUAAAGUAGGGCCAGGCACCACUUUCUUAACUAUGGGAGGAUGGUGACCUUGUCUCCCACAACCUUCUGGAGUCAGUCAUUUUUAGUAAGGUAUUGCCAGGGAUUUGGGUGCAGUCUGUGGCAAAGAAGAUGGUGUCUUGUGUGCCCGUCUGAAUCAGUGUUCCAUGGGUAUCUCUUACAGUCCAAAGAUGUCCUUUUUUUUUAAAGACUGCUGAUAGAAUUCUUGCUAUAACACUUUGGGGCGGGGGUUGAGGCAGAGUCUCCUCCUGUAUUGUAGGCUGGUUUUAAACUCAUUAUGUAGCCCAGGCUGGCCUCAAAAUCAUCUUGUCUCUUCCUCCUGAGUGCCUGGAUCACAAGCAUGUGCUCCAAUACUUGGCCUCACUUAGUAGCUUUUUGACAAUAUUAUUUUUAUGUAAAAUGAAUAUAUAGGCUUUAUUGAUUUUUUUUUUCAGUUAGAUUACUUUUUAAUGGAAUGGAAAUUUGAGGACAUCCCAUGAGGGUGUUAGAGUGACCCUGAGAAGUUUAUCUCCUAAGUGCAAAUGACUUUUCACCUAGCAAACCAAACCUUGGACAGUACUGAGUGCCAUCACUUUGGGUGAGUGCGUGGUGGAGCUAGAGCAGCAUUUUGGAUAGCUAGUGUUCAAGACUCAGUCAGGACACGUAAACUAUUUUGCUAAUGGACAUUUCACUGUGAACUGUUUCUUCAGCAGAACACUCUUUCUCGUAAUU